AUGGAUUCAAAGUUGAAUGAAAAAGCGAGACAGAUAAGAGAGCAGGACAAAAGACAACUACAAAACGUGGCUCCUAAUGUAGAAACUGAUCCCCCGAAACCAUUACCACCUGGUUCGAAGCUCAAGGUCACGGGUUCACCUAGCAAACUGAUUGAACGCAGUCAAAUCGCCUCCUCCUCUGGGGUCAACACAAACUCAUCUUCUCUCCAGACGGGCCAACAUGCCACAAACCCUAAACCCAACAGCGGGUCAUGCGGCGUCUAUUCUCGACCCAUUAGUGAGAAGCCCAAGGCUAGUUCCACUGAUGUUGUCGCCGAUUCUGUAGAAACAAACAUGAUGGCCAUUCUGACGGGAGGUGAGAAGCCGGUCCCAACAUCCCCACAAAAUCAGAUGUCAAACCAGUUUCGCUUCACCAGCAAAUUCAACGCAAAACCUAUUUGUCCUGAUGAGUCCCUCAUGGCGAAAUCUCUUCCACAGAAACAACAAGGCAGCGAUUCCAUACAAAAAGCAGCUACCCAUUCCAUCUCAGAUAGCGUAGAUCCGUUGGGUUAUGUUCAUAAUAACACCAUGCCAUUCUCAUUGUCAGGGUUACAGUCCGCUGUAUCUGUUGUGGGUAGUAAUCAACAAAAUUUACAGACGAUUCCGGUUUUACCAACAUCUGUGAAGUCAAAUAAUUGCGCUACAGCCACAACGACCGAGAAUACCUCGAAUUACAUCCCUCUUUCUUUUCCUGUGUCCGAAACACAAUUUACCGCGCAGGUAAAUGAGCAUCAGUGGGGAUCCCCAGGUAGUCUGCAUGUUACUGUCUUGGAGGGAACCUGCAAAAAAAACGAUCGAAAUUUCAAUUCCUCGGAUCAGGUAACUCCCGUUAAACUAAACGAGCAUAGCACUAAAGAUAUUGGUCAGCCCGCGUGCGCAAAGCAUGCUUCACCAGACCCUGACUUUGAUAUGAGCUUCGACAACGAAGAAGGGCUUGCUGAGCUAUUGUCCGCAGUCGCGAAAAUGAAUCCUAAGGAGACUUUUGAAUCCAAAGAAGUGUGUUUGCCUGUUGAUUCUUUUCCCUUUUUCACCAACCCAAACUACCCAUUUUCGUUGGAGUCGGGUGAGCCGCAAAAACAGUCUUUUGUCGGAGCGAUCGCAGAGAGUGUAGCCCCAACGGAGGCCUAUCCCACCCUGGACGCGCCCCAAAAUGCGAACUUUAGGAACCCCGACAACUGCCCACUCGUCCCCACUACGUGGCCGGUUCUGAGUUCCGCGAACACGCGGCCCGCAGUGGUCGGGGUGGGCCCCACAGAGGAAUCCCCAGGCACCCGCCACAGCGAUCCCUAUGGCUGUCCGGGCAGCCUCCCGGCCUCACACCACCCGCUCUCCUUAUACGAGGCCACGUCGCUGAAUCCACAUUUUGGCCUCCCUUCCCACUUCAGACGUUACUCCUCCACGGAGAACCUUCACGGAGGGGAGGGAGGGAGUCUAGGGCCUCCCGGCACUCCUCAGGACGCCUUGCCACAGCUGCGGCACUCGGAGCUGUCACGGAAGGUACCCCCAGGCGGCCAAGGGGGGGGAGGAGGGGGGGGCUUCAACCGUCCGCCAAGGAUCUUGCGGCCCGUGUUUGCAGGCGGAGAGAUAAACGCACAGGGCUCUAUGGCGGCUGUGGGCCCCAUCCCAGGCUCAUUUCUGCCAAAUUCUACCUACCCCAACACGUCCACGCAGCAACCCGCCCUACCACAGCAACAACGGAUGCGGCAAAUGCAACCCGUGCUUCAGUGUGCGUCGUCAGUGAAACAGCAGGAAAUGAACCCCGUACAACUCAUUCCAGCACCGUCCGAUCAACUCAUGGCGGUUCCUUUGUCGGAUGGUCGAGUUGGCCUCGUGCGGGUGGUUCACCCAAUGCCCACUCAAUGCUUCACAGACUCGAUGGAGUUGUCCGGGGAUGUUUCCAGAAUACCUGCAUCUGCCCCUUCCUCGGGCAUGAAUAUGAUGCCUUUCCCUAUGUUUGUAAACGUGCCCGUAGCUCAUCAGAUGUCGUCUCAGACUGGACCACAUUAA